GGCGGCAGCAGCACGCGGACAGGCUGCUGGCGGUAGGAUAAGCGAGACAGCGGCGCGCGAGGCGGUGGCUGCAACAUACGAGGUGGAGCUGUCACGGUACCGGAUUAAAAAAACAAACAAAAACAAGACCGAAUCGAUCCGAGCAGGCAUGACUAGAGCCCUGACCUGGAAACCAUGGCAACGGGACUGAGAAUGAGGCUGACGGACCGCCGCGCGGACAGGUAGAGCCACCGGAAAUAAGGUCUGCGGCUCGUCGCUGAAUCAUGUCUUCCUCCUUCUCCUCUGCCUCCUCUUCCUCAGAGCUGCCCUACUUUUGCCCUCGCUGUGGUGAUGACUUCAGGUUCUCAUCUGUACCUGAGCUCAGGGCUCACCUGGUCAGCCGACACACCUACGAGACUCUGCUGGUGCUGUCGCAGGCUCGGGUUCGAAGCUCCAGACCUGGUGCUCUCCUCCCGCUCCCUGGCCCAGCUGUAGCCCAGACACAGAGCUCUUCCCUGGGCAUGGAGCCCCGCAGCCUCCCCCUGCCUCUGGCAUGUCUGGACCUGGCGUCAUCGUCAGCCUCCAUCCGGCUGCUCAGGGAAAUGUUCACCACUACAGGUCCCUCCACCUCUGCUGGGCUGCCCGCUGACCCCUCCACUGCCCUGGCCCUCCCUGGUUCUCUAGAACCUUUUUGGGGGAAGAAUGUGGAACUGGAGCUGGGGAUGGCGGUGAGGAUCGGCCUGGAGGAGAGACUGGGGCUCGGUCUGGAUCGGAAGAUCACCCGGACGUUCGCAGAGGUGGAGGAAAGGGUGAACCAGCGCUUGAGCCGACUAAAGGUGGAGCUACAGAAGAGGGAGGCGGAGCUAGAGCAGCAGAGGCUGGACAGGGAACGACUGAGGGGUGAGAAACAGGAAGUGGAGGACAGAGCGGCAUACCUGUCCAGACAGGUCUCUGCUGCCAUGGAGAUGAUGGAGCAACUGAAGAAAGAUCUGGAAGGGAAAGAGAAAGAGCUGAGUGAACGACAACAGGAGAUGGUGGAUAUUGAACAUUUCCUCAGAGAAACAGCAGAAAAAGAAGCCCGGGCCAAAGCUAAACUGCAGGCGUUCAUUGAGAUGCUGUUGGAGCGAGCUGACCGUGCAGAGAGACACUUACUGCUGCUCAACACACACACACAUCACAACCAUUACACAAACAGCGACACAUACAUACACGCCGACUCGUACGGAUCUGUGAACAUCCGAGGUGGACGCAGUCUGGACGGCAGCGUGGACGACAUCCUGCAUAACAAGAUGCAGGAAACCAUCGGCAACAGGAGGAGUUACAGUGUGUCAGGUUCCUGCAGACUGGGAGAGCAGCUGUACAGCCACCAUCACUACAGCGGUCUGUCCGGGCGGAUGCGGACCCUGUCUCUGGGUUCAGGAGGAUGGGACGUCGAGGGGGGGCUGGUCCACCUCCCUCCCCAUCAUUACGCCUCACCGUGGGGUCAGCAGAGAGGAGGAGACAGGAGGAGAGAGAGGAUACGGGCUGGAGAAAGUGGAAGGUGGGGUAUGACCUGGAACAAAAGGCCCCGUCGUCACCACAGCACUGAGGAGGAGGAAGAGGAGGAUGAAGUUGAUGAUGAAGAGGAAGAGGGCUUAUGGAGUUCUGCAGAGCUGAGGAGGCUGGUCUUUGCUCGAACACACACACCUGGAUCCGACGUCCUGUCCUCUGUCCCCUCGUCUCCGUCUUGUCGUCAUGGUGAGAGAGGGUUGGGUCCAGACGCCUUGAGGCUGAGGGCGGGGCUUUUCUGUGUCUUUCCGUAUUUGGAUGUGCGCUCGUUGCUGCGAGUGGCUGAGGUAUGCUCUGAUUGGCGCUUUGUUGCCAGGCACCCAGCAGUUUGGACACGCCUCCAUCUGGAGAACAGCAGAAUAUCAGCUGAGUUCCUCAUCACUCUGUCUCAGUGGUGUACCCAGACUCAAACUGUCGUUCUAAACAACCUGAAGCCUCGAAGCCGGAGAACCAAUGAGACGAGAGAAGAUUACCACCGGAACAUACGAGGCAGUGUGGAGCCGGGGGUGGAGGCUCUGCUCCGGUCAGCAGGGGGCAGUCUGCUCCAUCUGUCGGUGUCUCAGUGUCCUCACAUCCUCACAGACCGGACGCUGUGGUUGGCCAGCUGCUACUGCAGGAACCUCAGCGCACUCACAUAUAGGAGUUCUUCAGAUCCUCUCGGUCAGGAGGUUCUCUGGGCCCUGGGUGCUGGCUGCAGGAACAUCAGCAGCCUGCAGGUGGCGCCUGCUCACCCUUGUCAACAGCCAACUCGAUUUGGAAACCGCUGCCUGCAGACGAUUGGUCGAUGCUGGCCACACCUCAGCUCGCUCAGUGUGGGCGGGGCCAGUUGUGAUACUCAGGGAUUGGUUGGUGUCGUGCGAAGCUGUUCAAAGCUGCAGCUGCUGGAGUUGGAGCGUAUUACCGACUUAGGCCUGCAGGCGGCGACACAGCUGUGUGAAGCCGGACUGAAGACUCUGCACACACUGAUCCUGACACACACUCCUGUGAGCGGACAGGCCAUCCUGCACUUCCACAGUGUGUGUGCGAACAUCAGGUCCAUCGUGGUCCAGGUCUCGGCCGCUGAUUACUUUGAAGAACCAGACACUCAGGAAGCUCAACACCUGUUUGGAGAAAUCCUCAGCACACUAAAGGUUCUUCAGAAUCGUCCGGGCCUGUGUGACAUCCUGCAGGUUAAAGUUGACGGAUCCUGACCUCAAGUCUGAACUGAAGCUCAACUUCAAGUCAACACUCAAACCAAACAUUUACUGCAGCUCCAGAUGUACAAGAAGGCACACAAACACACAGGGACGGGAACCAAGAAUGAGUUUGAAACUGUCUGCUCCAUCUUCAGCGCUUAUCUUUUCCUUUCACUGUCCUUCACCUGCUUUUACAGAGGUCAUCACCCUGAUCUUUGGCCACUAAGUGAACAUCUGCACCAACUUGGAAGGCGUUAAUGUGAUACUGCAGUGAUCAGAAUGGACAAACAUGAGGUCGCAUUGAGUGUGACCUUUGACCACAAAAAUCGUUCCAGUUCAUCCUUGCCUAUAAAUGAAUAUAUGUGCCAAAUAUUUGUACCAUUCUGUUGAAUUGUUCUUUAGGUACUGCAUUAUCGUUAGCCUCACAGCAUAAUUGCCUAAGUCACAUUUUUGUGAUAUUGGCAUAAAAUGAAGCAACACUUUUAGGAGAGUAAAGUUAUGCAGAUUUCACAAUAUGAUUUAGGCAAUUAUUCCGUGAGGCUAAUGAUUAUAAAUGUAAUGGGAACUGAUUGACAGACACCUCAUAUUUGAGAUGCACCAUAGACGCAUCGUAAAACAAAACCUCCUUAAUUGCCCUAAAAGUUUUACCAGUCAUUUAAAAAUAGUUUUUACAAUAUUUUUGACAAACCCAAACCACAAUAAACACCCUUAACCUUUUCUAAUAGCCAUAUUUAUCCUUGUUCUUGUUGAGUCGUGCACAGUUUAACCCUAUUUAGUUUGUACUUUCUUGUUAAACCAUGAAAGUAUGAGAGAUACCAACCAAUAAUAAUCAACAAGAAAAUUUGUUUUACCUUAAAACCCCUGUAUAGUAAAUCUAGUUUUUUUGUUUUUUUUUUUACAUUUGAAUGAAAACCCUAAAGUUUACUUUUAAAAUAAGCACAAACACGUAUGCACAAAUAUUUUUGCACGAGCACAAAAGCAUCAAAGUAAAGGGAAAGUUUGGUGAUUUUCUGUACUUUACUAAAGUGUCAAAUAAAAUCACCGAACUGAGCCUUGGACUCAUAUGCAAAAGACACCGAUCAGUGAGUCAUUUAUCAAUCAGAUUCAUCACGUGUCUUGACAGAUUUUAAAGGUGCUUCCUGUGUUGUUGUAUCACCAAUAAAUAAAUACUUUUCUCAUCA